AUUUGCCUCCCGCCCCCUCCCCUAGGCGACAGAGACAUCCCGGCAGCUGGAAGGGCACAGCCCCUCGCCCCGCGCCCUCUCAGCAGUUGCAGAAUCGGGAGAGCAGCCCCCGAGGCGGAGCCUCCCUUCUGCCCCGGUUACCGCUGCCCCCACCUGGGGGAGAGAGGCGGGCGCCGUGCUGCCUCCCUCAGCGCCCCGGCCGCGUGGCUUGCGGCUUAUUUUCCCAGCUGGCAAGCGUCGCGCUGCAGACAAGGGAAUGCCUGUGGUCCUGCGCGUUACGGAACUCAGACACCCCUCGAUACUGCCAAGUCCUCUCCAGGAGCGGAAGGGUUAAGAAUGAUGAGGAAGAAGAGGAAGCGAGGCGCGUCCUCCGGCCCAUGCCGCAGCCACGGCCAGGGACCCGCCACGGCGCCCGCGCCGCCGCCCUCGCCGGAGCCCACAAGACCUGCAUGGACGGGCAUGGGCUUGAGAGCAGCAUCUUCCUACGCCGCCGCCGCCUCCGCCGCUGCCGCCGGGGCUGAGCAGCGCCGCCGCCCCCGGAUCUGCCCGCCGCCGCUAGCGCUGCUGCUGCUGCUGCUGCUCAGCCUCGGGCUGCUCCACGCAGGUGACUGCCAACAGCCGGCCCAGUGUCGAAUCCAGAAAUGUACCACGGACUUUGUGUCCCUGACUUCACACCUGAACUCUGCCGUUGAUGGCUUUGACUCUGAGUUUUGCAAGGCUCUGCGUGCCUACGCUGGCUGCACCCAGCGAACUUCAAAAGCCUGCCGUGGUAAUCUAGUGUACCAUUCUGCUGUGUUGGGUAUCAGUGACCUCAUGAGCCAGAGGAACUGUUCCAAGGAUGGACCCACAUCCUCUACCAACCCCGAAGUAACCCAUGACCCUUGUAACUAUCACAGCCACGCGGGAGCCCGAGAACACAGGGGAGGGGACCAGAACCCUCCCAGUUAUCUUUUCUGUGGCUUGUUCGGAGAUCCUCACCUUAGAACUUUCAAGGAUCACUUUCAGACGUGCAAAGUGGAAGGGGCCUGGCCACUUAUAGAUAAUAAUUAUCUUUCAGUUCAAGUGACGAAUGUGCCUGUGGUCCCUGGAUCCAGUGCUACUGCUACAAAUAAGAUCACGAUCAUCUUCAAAGCCCAUCGUGAGUGUACAGAUCAGAAAGUAUACCAAGCUGUGACAGAUGACCUGCCAGCUGCCUUUGUGGAUGGCAGCACCAGCGGCGGGGACGGUGACACCAAGAGCCUGCGCAUUGUGGAGAGGGAGAGCGGCCGCUACGUGGAGAUGCACGCCCGCUACAUAGGGACCACGGUGUUUGUGCGGCAGCUGGGUCGCUACCUGACCCUUGCCAUCCGCAUGCCAGAAGACCUGGCCAUGUCCUACGAGGAGAGCCAGGACCUGCAGCUGUGUGUGAAUGGCUGCCCCCUGGGCGAGCGCAUCGAUGACGGGCAGGGCCAGGUGUCGGCCAUCCUGGGGCACAGCCUGCCUCGCACCUCCUCAGCCCCGGCCUGGCCUGGCUACACACUGGAGACUGCCAACGCUCAAUGCCACGAGAAGAUGCCAGUGAAGGACAUCUACUUCCAGUCCUGUGUCUUUGACCUGCUCACCACCGGUGAUGCCAACUUCACCGCCGCAGCCCACAGUGCCUUGGAGGACGUGGCGGCGCUGCACCCAAGGAAGGAACGCUGGCACAUUUUCCCAAGCAGUGGCCACAGGGCGCCCCCUGGAGGCAGCCAUCUCUCUGUCUGUCUAGGACUCCUAUGCUUGAUGCUCAGUGUGUUUUUGUAGGAGUUGUCUUUUUUUUUUUUUGUCUAUAACAAAGUUUAAAAUAUAUAUUGUCAUAAUAUAUUGAGUAAAAGAGUAUAUAUGUAUAUACCAUGUAUAUGAUAGGACGUUUGCCCUGAGACACCUGCCUGAUUGUACAUACUGUGUUUGACUGUUUUCAAGUAUGUUGGAUGUAGUGUUCUUUGAUUGUAUCAAUUUUUGUUUUGCAGUUUUGUGAAAUGUUUUAUAAUGUCCCUGCCUGGGACCUGUUAGAAAGCACUUUAUUUUUUAUAUAUUAAAUAUUUAUGUGUGUACCUGGUUAGUAUGUAUAUAGUACACAUGCACAGACACCAUAUGCAGCGUUCCCUUUGAAGAUGACCAGUGAAGUUGUUUGUGGCUCUUCUUAGCUGAGCCCUCCCGUCCUCUCCCACGCAGCUGGUUGCCAGGGCUGCAGCUUGUCACCUGCUGCCUCCUAAGACAGCUGCCUCAUUCCCUAAACUAGGUCCUUACCCCUUUCUUCUUCCCCCACUCAAUUUGGAAGAAUAGUUAACACCCCUGCAGGUGUUUUUGGCUCUGAAACACUGAAGUCUAAGAAGCCUGCUCCCUCUUUCAUGGCUGUCACUUUUUCAGAGGGUGGGGAGAAUAUUAGCCCAAUUCUUAUUAACUAGGAUUGUUAUACCUGAGCACUUAUAGUAUGGUAGCUUGAACCAUAUGAAACUGCUGUUUUUAUAAGUCAGAAGGAGCUAGUGGUGGCAAUUUCAUAGAUAAAUACCAGGCAUUUUGCUAGACCCCAGCAGCUCUGACUUUUUGUCAUCCCAUGUCCCUGUUAGAACUAUAGCUUUUCUAUUCUACAUUGAACAGAGAAAGUGCAAAAACAUAAGUUGAGUGAUCAUGACUUGUCUCCGUAAUGUGUGCAAGUCCAUGCUCUUUGCCUUCUCUUUCUUGGCUCUUGGUCCCAGAAACAUUGCUCCCUGUGUCUACCCCCAAUAAGCCCUCCUCUGUCUUACUUUAGAAGCCUGGGGGCUGGGGGUUGUUAGAUUCUUUCUUUAAUAUCAAGGCUCAAGACCCAUCACAAAGUUUUCCAUUCUUUCUUGCCCUCCACACCGUGGUUCUUCCUCACGGUCUUUGACAUGUCAUGUGCAUAGUGGAACAGACGAGGACUUUCUGACAGAAAGGCUUCCUUGGCUUGACUCCUUGUGCAGCUAGCUCUGGUGCUGGUUAGUCCAGACAUUCUUGUUGGGCAGUGUUGAAUCCUAGGUGGCUUCUCUCUUGAAUCAGAUGCUCUCCCUCUGAUUUCUCCCUUGAAUCAGAUCCACUCCCUCUGUAGGUGAAUGUUGCUCAUGUAACUUGGUGAAAUCACUAUAAAGUAAAAUAUCUCCCUGCCUCUUCCAUUUCCAUUGUUGGCACCUCUCGCCAUAGGAAAACACCACCAACAAAAGGCAAGAGCAAGAGUAACAGAAUGUGAACUCCAGGAUAGGUAGGUUUUUAUUGUUACAUUGAAAAUGUAAAUGUGUGGUUUCAAGAACUAGUGGUAGAAUCUUUCCUUUACCUUAACCAUUUACAUAAAUGCAAACAAUAGUUAUUGAACUUUACCACAGCAAUUUGGGUCAUUCUUAAUUUUAACUGAGUGGGUAAUUUCUUCCUUUUGCCAUGACCUGUUGAUCAGUGGCAUUGACAGAGGCCCAGACUGGCAGGAAAGAGGAUGUCAUUUGGUGAAGUUCUAUUUCUUCGUGAACUGAUGUGUCAUUCAGUCACAGGAUGGAGCUGUGGGUUCAUUCAGAGGUGGCAAACCUCCUCUCGACCAUCCCUUGAUAUAUGAGAGAAUAAUCUUGGCCAGUCUGGGAAAAUCAUUAGGGCAUCCUGCAGUGUGUAAAUAUGCAGUGCCAGAGAGUUGAACCCCAAACUUGUUAUCCUCUGAUAAAAGCUGGACUGGGGGCUUACCUAACCAUCAGCUCUGAACCGCGGCUGCUUUUGUUCACUUACGGAAUCACGUGCCAGGUUAGAAGCUAUGGUUAGCUAGUAAUUUUGUUGUGUAAUUGAGUAGAAUGAAGGAGGAAAAACAUGUAGGGUACUGCUAACCACUAUUUUUGUGCAAAUAGUCUAAAAGUGAAGUAAAAACAAUAGUAGAAGUUUCUACAAUAUCUGGGUUUAGAGUGUAUAUGAUUAACAUACCUUUGUUCUUUUCAGAGAGAGCAAAACAACCACCUCUACUUAAUAAAUAGUUGGGAGUAGAAAAUUGGGUUGUUUUGCUGUGUCAUUUACCUGGGAAGGAUGCUUUGGUAUAUUUAGCUGUUCUCCAUUUAUAGUUAGUGUCUCUGUAUGACACUUAAGUCAUCCCCACAGGUAGGACUUAGUGUCAUACAGAAAUACCUCUAUGACAUACCUUUUUCAGAAAUACAGGUAUUUCUCGAGAGAAGGGCCUGGUUUAUUUCCCCCUAUUUCUUUUGUGGAAUGUCUAAAGAAAAUGCUAACUUGCACAUGUUGGUUUUUGAAAUCCUCCUUAACCAGAAGAGUUUAGGGUCAUACAACACAUGGCUAGGCUGUAGCUGUUCUCAGCUCUUCUGGGGAGCUGAAACUUGUGGGAAAACACUGGUUUUCACAGAUGCUCCACAUGGCUGUCUUUAAAAAAGACUCAAAACUUUUUUUUUUUUUUUUGGCCUUUCCUUCUUUGUUAUGCUUGGAAAUCUCCACAGUGUGUCUAGUCUUUGCAAAGAAACUUUUCGAUGUGGUUCAUAGGUAUAUGAAUAAGUAUCUGUGUGAAACAGUGAGUGUGCAGUGUGUAAAUACUUUAAAUUAUUAUGCUAGAAAAAUAAAGCUACAUACCAUGCUGUGGAAUGUUUAUUCUGUGACUAUAGUGACACCUGCUGGAAGAGCGGAGAAAUGUCAGAAGGAAAGGAGUGAGGGUGUGUUUAUGCAAAAUCCUUUAUGGCUACUGAAUAAGUUGUAUGACCUGUUCACAAACUCACUUAUUUUCUAAACUACAUCACUACUGUAGUUUUUCCUUUUAAAAUUUUAAGCAAUUGCUAAUAAAUCAAAUCUGUGGGAUCGGUCCACUGGUAUUAUCGCAAA